AUCUGGCUUUAUUAACCUUGACAAACCUUCCAAUCCAUCUUCCCAUGAGGUGGUUGCAUGGAUCCGACGUAUCCUUCGAGUAGAGAAGACUGGACACAGUGGCACUCUGGAUCCUAAGGUGACCGGGUGCCUCAUUGUGUGCAUUGAGAGGGCAACACGACUGGUCAAAUCUCAGCAGAGCGCAGGCAAAGAGUAUGUGGGAAUUGUUCGGCUGCACAAUGCAAUUGAGAGUGAGGCUCAGCUUGCCAGGGCAAUAGAAACUCUGACAGGCGCACUGUUUCAGCGACCACCCGUCAUUGCUGCUGUCAAACGACAACUAAGAGUCAGAACCAUCUAUGAGAGCAAACUGGUGGAGUAUGAUCCUGAGAGAAGAUUAGGUAUCUUCUGGGUGAGCUGUGAAGCAGGCACAUACAUCCGAACGCUCUGUGUUCACCUUGGUUUGCUGCUCGGUGUGGGGGGCCAGAUGCAGGAGCUCCGCAGAGUACGCUCAGGCAUCCUGGGAGAGGAGGACAACAUAGUGACUCUGCAUGAUGUGCUGGAUGCGCAGUGGCAGUACGACAACAACAAGGAUGACAGCUACCUGCGAAGAGUUAUCCUGCCACUGGAGAAACUGCUGACUUCGCACAAGCGAAUAGUUGUGAAAGACAGUGCGGUUAAUGCCAUUUGCUAUGGAGCCAAGAUCAUGCUGCCUGGUGUCCUGAGGUAUGAAGAUGGUAUUGAGCUUAAUCAGGAGAUUGUUGUCAUCACUACGAAAGGAGAAGCUAUUUGCCUAGCCAUUGCCUUGAUGACCACAGCAGUCAUUUCUACCUGCGACCACGGCAUUGUGGCGAAGAUCAAGAGAGUGAUCAUGGAGAGAGACACGUAUCCCCGCAAAUGGGGUCUCGGUCCCAAGGCCAGUAAGAAGAGGAUGAUGAUCCAGAAGGGUCUGCUGGACAAGCAUGGAAAGCCCAAUGAGAGCACACCGGAUUCCUGGAAGAAGGAGUAUGUGGAUUACAGGGAUGCUUCCAAGAAAGUGGCAGCUACUGUUCCCCAAGCUGUUUCAGAGCUGGAGAAGCCUCAAAAAAGGAAGCGACAGUCAGAGAGUGAAAGCGAGGAGGCUGUGAGCCCACCAUCCCCUGCCACUCUACCACCAGAGGAACUGAGCAAAAAGGAAAAGAAAAAGAAGAAGAAAGAGAAGAAGGCCAAAGAAGCAGCUGAGAGUGGAGGAGAGCAAAUAGAAGCGACCAGUGAGACCAGCACCAAGAAGAAGAAGAAGAAGAAACAAAAGGAGGUAGAAGAGAGCUCAGAGUAAGCGACUGGAUCUGUCCAAAGCAGGCAACCUCCUCAGUAGGGAGGGAGGGAGUCUGAGGCCUUGAGGAAAAGAGGACUG